UUGUUUGGGGGUGUACCAAUUCUCUUACUAAUACUGUUUUCUCCUGUAUGAAAUUUGUUAUCCUCCCAAAUAAAUUGGUAUCCCCGUUAGCAGCAUUGAGUUUGGUAAACAUUCAACGAAGACCAAGUGUGUGGUGGUGGGGUAGAUGUAAAAAUUACUAGUAAUAUGUUACUACUGCUGCUUUAUGCUGUUUUCUACAGCUCACAACUUCUUCCUUUUUAUAGUAAUAUAUGACUCUUCUUAGUGCCUCUAGGCCCUCUCUAGUCUCUACCAUACUUGACUGACACUCUCUCACUCUUGGUGCUCUGCUGAGCUGCUUCUCUUCACCUUCCUCUUCCUUUUCUGCCUUCUAUACCCAUAUUAUACACACAAUGGAUUUAGUUGUUAAGUAUUAUGAGUCUGAGAUAAGAAAGAAAUCUGAAGAAAUUGAUCAUUGGAAGAUGAAAUCCUUUGUGUUACAAAGUCAAUGUGGAAUUCAGGAAGAAGAAUUGGAUGCUUAUAAAGCUAAGUUUGAUGCAUUACGCAGCGAACUUCAGGAGAAGAAAUUGGAUUACUACCUUGUUGAGAGUAGGUUGAAGGACUUAACAAGUGGAAUGUCUACAACUCAGGAUGAUGAGCUCAAGUACAAGACCAUGUGUGACAAAUUGAACCAACAGAUUGAAGAGUUGAAGAGAAUAUGUAAGGAAUCGGUGUCUGAAGCAGAAUUGAAGCUGAAAUGUGAAGUUGAUUUGGAGAGACGAUUAAAAGAUUGUAAAGCUCAGUAUAGUGAGAUGUACGAGGAGUUAAAGAGGUACAAGGUGACGUGCAACCAAUUGAAUGAACAGAAUGAGGAGUUCAAGAGAAGGUAUAAGGAGUUGGUAACACAAGCAGAAUCGAGGCUGGAGAAACAAGUUGAUCUGGAAAAACAAUUGAAUGAACAGAAGGAGGAGUUUGAGAGAAGAAGUAAGGAGUUGGUAACACAAGCAGAAUUGAGGCUGGAGCAACAAGUUGGUCUGGAGAAACAGUUGAAUGAACAGAAGGAGGAGUUCGAGAGGAGGAGUAAGGAGCUGGCAGCACAAGCAGAAUCAAGUUUGGAGAAACAAGUUGAUUUGGAGAAGCAGUUGAAUGAUAAUAAAGCUAAGUAUUGUGAGAUGUAUGUAAGGUUUAAGGAGGGGAAAGAAAGAGUGGUUGCUCUUGAAAACGACCUCAAGGAGUAUAUGAGAAUAUGUGGUGAGCUGAAUGAACGGGUUGAGAGCUCAGAAGAUAAAGUAAGAGCUACAAGUAGUGAGGCGGGAAAAUGUAUUGAUAAACUCACUAAGGAGAUUGUGAAUUUGGGGGAUGAAAAAAGAAAGGUGGAGGAUGAAAGUGAAGUUUUAAAGACCAAGUUUAGGGAAUUGGAGAUUAAAACAGCCUUAUAUAUGAAAGAAUUAGACGAUUAUAAAGUUAAGUGUCAUGGUUUGUCGGUGGAGCUGAAGGAUAAGGAAUUGGAGUUUGUUGAGUAUCAAAGGAAAUUGAAAAACUUAGCAUUGACUUCAAAUGCUUUUGUGGAUGAACUUGAAGGCUACAAAAUGGCAAUGAAUGGGCUGAAAGAGCAAAUUAUGGGUCUAGCUGAAGAUCGAAAAGUUUUCUCCGAAAGAGAAAAGGAAGCAGAAGAAAGAAUUUCUUCCUUGCAAGAAAUAAUUAAGAGUUUGGUAGAAGAGAAAUGUAAUCAGCUAAGUAAGGAGGCCAAAUCAUAUUCCUCUCCUCAAAUAGACAGAGAUAAGCAUGUCUCAGCAGGUAUUGUUCAGAUAUGUAGCAGUGAGAAUGACAAGGAAAUUAAGCCAAAGCUGAAUGUUUCAACUUCCAAAAGACCAUUUCUCGAUCAGAAAGGCGAGGAAUAUGGCAUCAAUUUCCAAGCAGUUGAUAUCCCGUUAUCUUCAGCACCAAAAAGAGAGAGGCUUCCGGAAACUGUAACUAUUGAUAGCGAUGAACGUAAGAUGAAGAAACUUAAAGAAGGUAGAAUAAGUCUUACACCCAAUAUCACUCCCAUGAAUAUAAGUGCAGGAGAUAUUGCUCUCUCUUCCAAGUGUCAAAAUGCUGAAGAAUACGUAGCCAAGUUACAGCGAAAACUGGCUUCACAAAAAAUGUGUGCAGAAAAGAAAAGCCAGGCAGAUGGAACAUCAAAAGUAGAAAAUACAUUACCAGAUUGUUUGGAAAUAGAUGGUAGUAGGUCAUCACAAGUUAAGGUAGGCAGCUUAACUACCGAGGACCAUGGUGACAAAGUGACAGAAGAAGCUAAGUCUGAUAGCGGCGGAGAUAGUAAUACUGAAGAUGCAGCGGAUGUUCACUACAAAAGCUUUAUAUGUGAGAAAACGCAGUAGAUUUCUAAUAGAAAAAUGUAAAUGCUAACCGGAAAAAACGAACAGAUUAGUAUACCUAAAGUUACUACUGCUAAGAGGCUUAGCAGGUUUCUAAAAGAACUUAAAUGUGUACUCUGAAACUUAAUGUGGAUCUUUUGUGAACCCUGAAUGAAUUCAUAUCUGAUUCUAGUGGUUUUUCUUUUCAUUGCUCAUACAUUAA